AUGAUGGGUCAACAGUGGCGCUUUGUGAUGGGGAUUGGUAUUGGCGCAGAAUAUCCUCUCAGCGCUGUUAUCACCUCUGAGUGGUCCAGUACCCAGUCGAGGGGAACCAUGAUCUCUUCUACAUUCAUGAUGCAGCCCAUCGGCCAAGCACUGGCCCAGCUCGUAGGUCUCUGGGUACUCCUCGGUCGCGAAAAAAGUGAAGGUCUGCAGGCAAUGCAGUGCGGUCUCGAUUUGAAGUUCGACAAGGAGUGCCGCCGCACCGUGGACGGUAUCUGGCGCAUCGUCAUUGGUUCCGGGGCUGUCCCCGCCCUGCUGGCCAUCAUAUUCCGCUUUUUCCUAUUCGACUGUGGACUGUACAGUCUUGAAGUCAGAAAUAAACCUGGGAUAGCCCUAAGAAAUACGCAGAGGGUCUACGGCGCCCCUGCUGGCGCGACGGCGGGAUAUCCCAUGACCCCCAACGACGGUGUGCACGCCACCGACUUACAGCAGCCCAUGCCUAUUCAGUUUUCCAAGGACGAUUUGUACAAGUAUUUUAUCGAAGAUGGGAAUUGGUACUAUUUGUUAGGUACUGCUGCAACAUGGUUCUUCCUUGAUGUGAGCUUUUACGGUCUCAGCUUGGACAACAGAGGCACUCUAUCCGACAUGUGGGCGACUACCGGGCCGACGCCCAUCGAUGAUAGGUUACCGUGCUGGAACUCCAAGUUUCCGGACGGAAACGCAACAGCACGGAUUUGGAGUCAGACAGGCCUCCCCGUCUGGCAGACAGAUGCAACACUGCCAUGCAACACCAUCUACGACGUGCUCCUGGAACAGGCAAAGCAGUACCUGCUGACCGUGUCCAUCGCUUCCAUCGCUGGCAGCGCCUGCUUCGUUAUGGCCGCCAACCGCAUCCCACGCAGGCUGUGGCUGACCGUUUCGUUUUUUGUUCUGGCCAUAUUGUUCGUAAUCACGGGUUGCGUGUACUACGGCGUCAACCGCACCCCCGGCGCACCGGCCACAGUGGUGUUUGUGGCGUUGUGUCAUUUCAUGUUCAACUUUGGGGCGAACACCCUUACUUUCAUCAUCCCUGCCGAAAUCUUUCCGACGUGUUAUCGCUGCACGUGCCACGGCAUCUCCGCCGCCGCCGGCAAGCUGGGCAGCAUCGUGGCCCUCCUCGUCGUCUAUGGCAUCAACUCGUCCUACACGGCCGCCAACCGCCAGGGGCUCAUCUUCCUGCUCUUUGGUUCCUUCGUCGCCGUCGGCGCCGUCUUCUCGUGGGCGUACCUACCCGACUCACAGCGAUGGACCGUAGACGAGGACGGCCGCCGCGUGCUGGAGCAAAAAACGCUUGAGGAGCUGGGUGAGGGCCGCGAACGAGCGCGGCAGCUAGGGGAGGUCAUCACCGUCAAAGAAAAGUGGCACGAUCUGAAGCGGAGGAGAGCGUCGCCGGAGCCAUCCCAGGCUACGGACCCGUGA